CCUGUCCUCUUGUCGCCUUGGCAACAGACAAAGGGGGGUUCUUUCUCGACCGGAGGGAAGAGAGAAAAGGUAGCAGCGCAUCACAUGACCCUUUCUGUUCUCAGCAUCUCUGUGUUUGGUUUUUGGGACCAGUUUUCGGACUCGGUGAGAGCAGCCCGGCUUCUCUUCGCCCUGACGGACUGAACGGGAAUCGACAUGUCAGACAUAGUUCCACCAGAGGUUAAACCCAAGCCAGCUGUCCCUGCCAAGCCCCCAAAUGUGGGAGCUCACUCCCCUUCUAGUCCCUUUCCCCCCCAGGGCCCAGGUGUUGGAGGAGGUGGCAUUGUUGCUCCACCUACAAGUGCUAUUCCGGUUCCCAUCGGAAGUCAUGGUCCAAGCCAUGCUGGCAGUCACAGUGUGGGUCAUGGUCAUGGAGGCUCCCACAGCACCGGAGGGGGCUCCACUCUGCUUGGUUACAUUGGUAUUGACACCAUCAUUGAACAGAUGAGGAAGAAGACCAUGAAGACUGGUUUUGACUUCAAUAUCAUGGUUGUUGGUCACAGCGGCCUUGGAAAGUCCACCCUAGUGAACACCUUAUUCAAGUCCCAGGUGAGCAGGAAGAGUGCAGGAUGGUCACGUGAUGAGAAGAUCCCCAAAACCAUGGAGAUCAAGUCAGUGUCUCAUGUGAUUGAAGAGGGUGGGGUCAAGAUGAAACUGACAGUUGUUGACACUCCAGGCUUUGGAGACCAAAUCAACAAUGACAACUGCUGGGAACCCAUUUCUAAGUACAUCAAUGAGCAGUUUGAGAAGUUCCUGAAAGAAGAGGUGAACAUCACCAGAAAGAAGCGAAUCCCUGACACCAGAGUGCACUGCUGCCUUUACUUUAUUCCCCCGACUGGACACUCUCUUCGACAACUAGAUGUCGAGUUCAUGAAGCGCUUGAGUCACUCGGUAAACAUCAUUCCUGUGAUUGCAAAGUCUGACACAAUGACCCUCGAGGAGAGACAAGAGUUCAAACAGCGCGUCAGAAAGGAGCUGGAAAUGAACGGGAUUGAGUUUUACCCACAGAAAGAGUUUGAUGAUGAUAUAGAGGACAAGAGUGACAACGACAAGAUCAGAGAAACGAUGCCCUUUGCUGUGGUUGGAAGUGAUAAAGAAUACCAAGUGAAUGGAAAACGAGUCCUGGGGAGGAAGACACCGUGGGGAAUCAUAGAAGUUGAAAAUCCAAACCAUUGUGAGUUUGCCCAGCUAAGAGAUUUCCUGAUUAGGUCCCACCUCCAGGAUUUAAAGGAGGUCACUCACAACAUUCACUAUGAGACGUACCGUGCCAAGAGAUUGAACGAGAAUGGAGGUCUGCACCCCAUCACUUCAAAUGCCACCCAAGAAAGCAACCUGUAGUCAGUCAGUGACAGAAAUGGUCAACAAGAAAACAGUGCAAUGAAGCUCAUAUAGGAAUCUAUAAGAAAACAAAUCAUGAUUUCCACCCCAGGUUUGCUGCAUGAGUGAAAUCACUGUUAUUAGUCUCUAAAACUUGGUAUUGACUCUGUUUGCCUCCCUCUCCGUGUCAACCCAUCUGAAGUAUGCACAUAUUCCCUGAAGGGACCCCAACUGCUGAGGUUUUAAUGAAAAAUCUGUGAGAGGCUUUGGUUUAGAAAAAAACCCAUAUCACUUCAGUACCACGGUCCCCUCAUUCAGGCUGCCUUUGACCUGUGCAUAGCAGUUGGUUUUAGGUGAUACUUGCCUUCAGCUCCUCCCUCCCUUCCAAUUGCAAGAACUAUUGAAGAGAGUCAGCAGUGUAGAUUCUGUCAGCAUGUAACAACAUAUCAAACUAAGCUCAGAUUAGCACUCUAAAGCCAUUUUCUCUCCGUUUUCAGUCUACAUCUCCAGCUUGGUCGUGGAUAGUUACAGUAUUGUCACAGGUCAGGUGUUGAUCUAUAACACCGAACCAUAGACAUAUAUUAACUAAUACGAUCUCCAGCCAAAUGAUUAUUAUUAUUAUUUUCUCCAGGACAUAUGAUCCAUAUUACCUGGUCUUUACUUCGCAUCCAUUCCCCAUUUGAGUUUUUACGCAACAUUAGUGAUUACUGCUUAAAUUGACAAAUUUCAAAGCAGCUUGCUGUUUUUUUUUUUUCUGUUUUGUCACUUUUCUGUAAUGUGUUUAAUGACAGCAACAAAAAUGUCAAAUUUUGAGUUUCUGUGUAGGAAUAACUUAUAAGAGAAUAGUGAGUCUAAUUUUUUAGUCUGGGUGUAAAACACUGUACUAUUAAUACCUUCUGACCCUAAUGUAAUAUGUAUGUUCUCAUAACAAUGUAAAGGCAGCAGGAGAUUAAGUUAAAUUGUGGUUGGCAUACAGAUAAGAGGUAGACAUGCCCCAGUUAAUUGGUCAGAGAUCAGAAUUGGAUCGGCUCUGAUCAAUGAUGAGAAGGUCAAACGUCUCGUUCCUAUGUAUUAAAUGCAUCAAAACUAAGAACAAAUUUUUGGUCUCUAACCGUAUCAACCAAUAGCAUGUUGAUGCUCUUCCUUUUUUAUCUACAUGGAUAAGAAUUGGAAAUAAGACUUGGACGGAUGUAAUCUUGUAACAUCUGUGCAUUUUAAAAAGGGGGACAGGAGCAGUAUCAGCCAUAUUACAUUACAGUAGACUAGUGGGAAUGAUGCCGCUCAUCAAGCAAGAGUGUUCACUGAAUAGGCACAGAAAACAGUUGCAUUGGCCUAUUAUGCUCUUGCAGUGACACCUUGUGUAUUUUUUAUGUAGAUUAUCAUAGAUUCAGAUGGAUUUUAGUUAUUGUGAAUAUUUUUACACUUAAACAAAGGAAAGGCUUUUAGAUUCAGGGCAGUAUUUACUUCAAUCAACUAUUGGAUAUAGCAUUUGAGGGACACUCAUCUGUACACUAAGGUUUUCCUUUAAUCACAUGCUCUGACCUUACUUACCCUUCUUAGUGGCCACAAACAAAAACAUUUUCCAUUUGUGUCACCAGUGUAUUUUGCAUGGCAGGGAACAUACUUAUAGAAAUCUGAACAAGAUUCUUAAGAUAUCUGCAAAAUAAACUGGUUUGUUGUCUGUUUUACGAAGCGUGAGAACAGCGAAAGUAUUUGCACUGCCAGUUUUACAAAAAAAAAACCAAAUCCUCCUGCUUACCACUUGGUGGCAGCACUCUGCAACAAUAAGAUUGGUUUUACAGAUUUAAAACAUCUGAUGCUCUGACGCUCUUCUUUUUAAUUUAUCCGAUUUUCUUUCCUGAAAAGGUGUACAAAACCUGCCGACAUAUCUCUUCAUAUCAGGUUUAUGAUAAACUUUAAUGUUAAAUACUCAAAUGUGUGCACUGAAUUAAGCGAGCUGUAAACGUGUUUACCACGUUUUCUUCGGGACUUCAAGAUUUCUAAAAGUUCUGCCAUGUACAUUAUAUGCUGUGGAGAACAAUUAUGCCAAAACUAAAUGAUAGUUCAGUAAAUCAGUCAUUAUAGUCACACAUGUCAGUAUGAUGUCGGGCAAAGUGGUCGUAGUUGUGAGUUUAGUGCAAUCAGGGGUCUAAAAGCAGAAUUUUGUGGCAAAGUGCUUGUUUGUGCAUGCGUGUAUCUGUGCAGCCAGUCACCAUCAUUAACUGAAUAUUUCUGAAUGUGUGGUCUGUGCAUUGAACUGGUGUCUUAUUGGGUUAGGACGCUGCUGUCUGAACUCCUGUAACUCCUUUCAGUCAGUAUAACUUCAACAUGGUCACUUAUUUAUUGACAACUUUUUGCAAAGUUGACGUGAAACAUUUAGGGUAUCAUUUCCAAUGUUAUUUGGCAUUAUUUAUACAUUGGUGUUUUAUCAUUGUAAUUUCUUUAUUUAAUAAAUGCACUUCUCCAUGUUUUUAA